AUGGCCACGAUUACAGAAACAAAGACAACGCAGUCUACUCCAAUUGAGUUUUCUGUAUCCCAUGAAACACUUCAAUUCGGAAGUAAUGAAACCAAUAUUUUAGCUUUUUGGAAGCAAAUCAAUGCAUUCGAAAUAAGUAAUAGAUUAUCCAAGGACCGACCAAAAUGUAUAUUCUAUGAUGGUCCACCAUUUGUUACUGGUCCUCCGCAUUAUGGACAUAUUUUAACGGGAACAAUUAAAGAUGCCCUUACUCGAUGGGCUUAUCAAACAGGGCAUCAUGUUGAACGUCGAUUUGGUUGGGAUUGUCACGGUCUAGCACUGGAAUAUAAAAUCGAUAAAAUACUUAAUAUAAAAGGUCCUGAUGAUGUCGCUAAAAUUGGUAUUGCUGCUUAUAACAAUUACUGUCGACAAUUUGUUAUGCAAUAUGCUCAAGAAUGGGAAGAUGUUGUGAAUCGUAUGGGUCGAUGGAUUGAUUUUCAACGAGAUUAUAAAACAAUGUAUCCAUGGUAUAUGGAAUCAGUUUGGUUUAUUUUUAAACAAUUAUAUGAAAAAGGUUUUGUUUAUUAUGAUUUUAAAGUAAUGCCAUAUUCAAUGGAUUGUUGCACUCCAUUAUCCAAUUUUGAAGCGACUCUAAAUUAUAAAGAUAUUGAUGAUCCAGCUGUUUGGAUAUCAUUUUCACUUGUUGAUGAUUCAACUGUUAAACUUGUUGCUUGGACAACAACUCCAUGGACAUUACCAUCUAAUCUUGCACUUUGUGUUAAUGCUAAUUCAGUUUAUGUUAAAAUUCUUGAUAAAACAAAGAAUGAAAUUUUUAUUCUAAUGAAAAAACGAUUAGAUGAACUUUAUAAAAAGCCUGAUAAUUAUGAAAUAUUAGAAAGUUUCCAAGGAUCUCAAUUGCAAGGAAAACAUUAUAUACCAUUAUUUCCGUAUUUUGCUAAUGUAAAAACAGCAUUUCGUGUAUUGUGUGAUGAUUAUGUAACAGAAGAUAGUGGUACAGGUGUUGUUCAUCAAGCUCCCUAUUUUGGAGAAGACGAUUAUCGUGUUUGUCUUGCCAAUGGUGUUAUUAAUAAACAUACAGGACCUAUUGUUUGUCCAAUCGAUGCACAAUGUCGAUUUACUAAUGAAGUUAAAGAUUUUGAAGGACAAAAUGUAAAAAUUGCUGAUAAAUCUAUUAUAAAAGAUUUAAAAGAAGCUAAAAGACUUGUUCAUCAAUCCGUAUUCAAACAUUCAUAUCCAUUUUGUUUGAGAAGUAACACACCAUUAAUAUAUCGUGCUGUUCCAUCGUGGUUUAUUCGUGUUGAAGGAAUGGUUAAUCGUUUAUUAGCUAAUAAUAGUAAAAUAAAUUGGGUACCUGACUUUGUUAAAGAAAAACGUUUUGCUAAUUGGCUUCGUGAUGCACGCGAUUGGGCUAUUUCACGAAAUCGUUAUUGGGGAACUCCGAUUCCAUUAUGGAUUAGUGAUGAUGGACAUGAAAUUGUUUGUGUUGGUUCAAUUGAAGAAUUAAAACAAUUAUCUGGAAUAUCUGUUGAUGAUAUUCAUCGAGAAUUUGUUGAUGAAAUCACAAUUCCAUCUCGAUUAGGUAAAGGUUUAUUACGUCGAAUACCUGAAGUAUUCGAUUCUUGGUUUGAAUCUGGUUCUAUGCCGUAUGCACAAGUUCAUUAUCCAUUUGAGACACGUCAUACAUUUAUGGACACAUUUCCAGCUGAUUUUAUUGCUGAAGGUAUUGACCAAACACGCGGAUGGUUUUAUACAUUAUUAGUUAUUUCAACGGCUUUAUUUGAUCAACCAUCAUUCAAAAAUGUCAUUGUUAAUGGAAUUAUUUUAGCACGUCAGCAAGAAAAAAUGUGUGGCAGAAAACUGGAUCAUCCUGAUCCAAAGAAAAUUUUCGACGUCUAUGGCGCGGAUGCGCUUAGGCUUUAUUUACUAACAUCGCCGGUCGUACGCGGUGAAUCACUCAGAUUUAAAGAAGAAGGUAUUGACGAUAUUCUUAAAAAUGUGUUUUUACCUUGGUAUAAGACACUACGUCUUCUUAUUCAAUCAUGUGAUCAAUUAAAAAGUGACGAAAAAAUUGAAUUUAUUUAUAAUGAAAAAUGUUUCUAUACAUCAAUGUCAUCAAAUCCAAGUGUUCUUGAUAAAUGGAUUGUAUCUUAUACACAAACAUUCCUUGAAUUUGUUAAACAAGAAAUGAACGUUUAUCGUUUGUAUACGGUGGUGCCUCGUCUUGUUAAAUAUAUUGAUAUGUUAACUAAUUGGUAUGUUAUAUUGAACAACAAACGUUUUAAGGGUGAAACAACAGUAGAAGAUCGUCUUGUUUCAUUAAAUGUUCUUUAUUAUAUUCUUUUAAUAAUGGCUAAAUUAAUGGCACCAUUUACACCAUUUUUUGCUGAAUAUUUGUAUCAAAUUUUAAGAAAAUUAAUGCCACAAUCAGCAUCUGAUACUGAACAAGAACUAAGUGUUCAUUUUCAAAUGAUUCCAAAAUCAAAUCAUUCAUUAGUAAAUAAGAAUAUUGAAAGUGUUGUAGCUGUUAUGCAAAUAGUUACUAAAUUAGGUCGACAUCUACGAGAACGAAAAGUUAUUCCUAUGAAAUAUCCAUUACCAGAAUUAGUUGUUAUUCAUAAAGAUCUAUCCAUAUUAAAAAAUAUUGAAUCCUUAGAAGAUUUCAUUCGUGAAGGUUUAAAUGUACGUAAAGUAAUAUAUUCUCAAGAUUAUAAACUUUAUGAUAUUAAAAUGCAUGUGGAACCCAACUAUCCAACAUUAGGCAAAAAGUUUGGUAUUAAAGUUAAACAAAUAUCUGAAAAACUCCGUGGACUAUCUUAUGCAGAUAUUGAAAAAUUCUUAUCGAAGAAUCAAGAUGAAAGUCCAUUAACAAUGCUUGACGAUGUACCAAUUGAAUGGGAAGAUAUUCAUAUUAUUUAUCGUGUAGGACAAGAAACACGUUUUGAAGCUACUGCUGAACAAGGAUUUAUUGUUUUACUUGAUUGUACAGCGGAUGUAUCAUUAAUAGAUGAAGAUCUUAUUAAUGAAAUUACAAGUCAAGUUCAAAAACUCUGCAAACAGGUUAAAUUAAUUUCAACUGAUGAUAUAACAAUUUAUUAUUCGGUUGAUCCACAAACAAGUGAAAUUGCUCGUAUUGCAUCUGAACGACGAGACGACAUUGAAGCUAUUCUUAAAAAACCGUUUAUUUCAUUGACUAAUUUAAUGAAUAAAGAUAACAACAAUGUAGUUACAGCUAAAAAGCUUCCUAUAAGAGAUGGUGAAAUUGAACUCGUCAUCAUUCGAAAUGCAUAA